AUGGGAACAGGUUCACUAGAAUCCCUUCGAGCUGGCAAAAUGCCGACGAUACCUAGACGAUUCGUAAAUAUGACGUUGAAUGCUUCCAGUACUAAGCGUGACGGCAACCAGAAAUUCAAAGCGUGUUGUGCCAGACAGAAAACGGCUGACAAGGAAUGCAAGAAGCGAUUCUGCAGUUUCAGCUCCAUUAAUCAAAACAAUGUGUUAGUGUUUCUCAAUACUUGUUCUCCUCGUGGAACUACAGCACGGCAGAUGUGGGACUGCGCCUCGUCCAGACACGACCACACCGAAUGUUGUAAGGAGAAAAACGUGCUUCCGCUCUGCAUGCGAUACUGCGACAGUUCGCGCGCCGUGCCAACUGAGUACCUGAACCACCUGAUCUGCUUGCAGAACUUCAACUCUAUCAGGGACUGUUUUAAGAACCAUCUUGAGAGGAACCCUAAUAUCUUCGGCGAUGACUGA